AUGCCUGCUCGAGACGGAGUUGCCAUUGGAUUGCUUCUCAACACCAAGGGUAUCAUGGCUGUCAUACUACUGAAUGUUGCUUGGGACAAAAGGAUUUUGGAUCCAUAUACUUUCAUGGUUAUGAUGCUUGCUAUUAUAGUAAUGACUGUGAUGGUCUCUCCCUUGAUCAAUGCAAUAUACAAACCAAAAUUCCGAUUCAUGCAAUCACAAUUAAGGACCGUGCAAAAACUGAGGUUCGAUAUGGAGCUUCGAAUCGUCGCUUGUGUCCACAAUGUUAAACACGCCAAUAACAUGAUCCAUGUCAUUGAAGCCACAAAUGCUACUAGACUUUCACCUAUACAUGUCUCUGUAACUCACCUAGUUCAACUCACUAGACAUGGCACAGCUAUUCUUGUUUCCCAAAUGGAUAAUUCAAACAACACAGUUGGUGGAACAGAAGCAACCAACUAUGGCUCACAACUAGAGUUUGAGAGCAUAACAAAUGCAUUUGAAAAACUCGUAGAACAAUACAAUGGGGUUAGGUUUGACAUGUCAAGUGCUGUCUCGUCCUACACAACUAUCCACGAGGAUAUUUACAAUGUUGCCGAAGAGAAACGCGCGAGCCUAAUUCUCCUUCCCUUUCACAAAGAGUUCUCAACAAUAGAAGAUGCCCCGGAAAUAAUCCACAAUGAACAUUGUGAGAUAAAUAAAAAUGUGCUACAACAAGCACCUUGUUCAGUAGGGAUCUUGGUGGACCGCGGUUUAAGAUCGUUGUUAAAAACAAAACUGCGCAUUAUAAUGAUUUUCAUCGGUGUACCUGACGACCGUGAAGCCUUGUCUAUUGCAUGGAGAAUGGCGGGGCAUCCAGGAACCCAACUACAUGUUGUGAGGAUCAAUUUGUUAGGUAAGGCUGCAGAAGAAACGAAACAAAAAAUGGAAAAAAGCAAGUCUCGUCACGAAAUGUUGUCAACUGUUAUAGACAAUGUGAUGCAAAAAGAGUUGGAUGAAGAGUGUAUAAUUUCCUUCAGGCACAAGGCAGUGAACAAUAACGAUUCAAUUUUUUACUCAGAGAAAGAAGUCCAUUCGAAUACCGGCGAAGAGAUUCCAAUGCUUCUUAACGAUAUUGACAAACCUGGAUAUGAUUUGUACAUUAUUGGACAAGGAAGUGGUAAGAACUCGGUGAUCUUUUCGAGGUUGUUGGAAUGGUGUGACCAUCCUGAACUUGGUGUUAUAGGUGACAUAUUGGCUUCAAGUAGCUUUGGUACGCAGUCUUCUGUGCUUAUUGUGCAACAGUAUUUGGUUGGGAGAAAACGUGCUGUUAAAAAAUGUCAUGAAGUGAAAAGUGGUACUGAAAAUUUGUAA